AUGAACGUGCUAUAUUACCAGGGCUUUCCAUGCCUGCCUACCAACACGACACCUACCAUUUUUGUUGGAGGUAUGUUCAACAAUGUUUACGAAGGCAACAUCAACAUAGUCGACAACAACAGUAACAAAUUUGUUACUACAACAUCUACUGGUAAUAAUUACCCUCUACCGACGCUGUUGACCAUACCUCCUACAACUUCUUCAAUAUUUCCUAUUUUACAACAGCAAGAACAAAAAAUGGAAAAUAAUAAUUGCACCAGCAAACAUGUUUUUAAAAAUAAUUUCAUUCAUGAAAAUAUAAACAAAAGCUUGGAUUUUAACCAAACUAGCAACAACAACAUCGCUGGGAUUAAUUGCAACGACAAAAACGACGCCAAUGUCUGUUCAUACGUCAUAUACCAACCGAGCAAAUUAUUGUGCAACCAGCAACAAUUUCUAACAGAAGACAUCAACAAGUCAUUUGAUCAACAUCUUCAACUACACCAACGACAACAGAAGCAACACAUACGAUGCUACGUCUGCAACCUCUCCUUGAACUCUCAACUCCAAGCCAGCCAGCAUUUCAGCGGAAAGAGUCACCACAGGAAGGUGAGAAAGAUGAGAUAUGAAGGUGAAAAGUUGAAGAGGACGAGAGAUAACGAAGGAAAGCAGAUUGAUCUGCGUCUAGAUAACGUUAAAAAGCUGUGUGAUAUUGAUAUUAGCAUUAGUAGUAACGCUAAUUGUAUUAGUAACAGCAGCAGUAACAUUACGAGUAGUAAUGGUAGUGGUGGAUGUCGCAUUAGCAGCAGCUUCGGUAGUAUUAGUAACAACUUUGGUAGUGUUAGUAACAGCUAUAUUGAGAGCAACAAUAUUUUCACUGAAAAUAAUAACAGUUGUCAAAACAUAGAUCGUGAAUUCAAUCAAAAUUUGAACAACGAUAGCGAGACAGACAACACCAACGAUGUUAACAGCAAAAACAAUAACAACAACAUUAACGGAAAUGACAACAAUAACAUCAACGAAAUCAGCAACACCACAACAAACAUCAACAACACUGACGCCGACAUCACAACUUCCAACACAGACAACAACAACAUCAAACAUGUCAUCAAUGACAUCAGCGAUGACAUCUUCAACUACAGCAACACUCAGAAACGUGACAACAAAUGCAUUGUGAAACCGGAUAGCCGAAUCAAUGGCAACAAUAAAACAGAUCAUGAGGAAUUUAUUGACGGGAGUGACUGUGCUGGUAUGAAAUCCGAGAUAAACUUUAACUCUAAAAUGUCGACAAAAACGCUGGUUGACAAGUAUGCAAAGGUAAAAGAAGGGAGGAAAGGAUAUGCCAACCAGAUUCAAGUAGCAAUUCUACCUGCUGAUUCGUCGUGA